GAAAUUUUCUUCAAUUGGCUGGUUAUCUCCAUCGUUGCGCGUCCGGCGACCUCAGUGCAUGAUCGCGGUGAGCUGGUGUGGAGCCGAUCCGGCGAGUAGGGAUGGCGUUGGCCGUUGACAGCGACGGGAGCGGGAGGGGAUUCGGCGGAGGAGAGAUACACGUGGUGGAGAUGGCGGCGGAGUCAUCUUCGGCCGUCGAUGAGGUCUCCCCCCUCCUGGCGGCGGACGGCUCUGGAGAUGAGCGACCAAGGAUGACCAUAUUCUCCGUCUCCUAUCCCAGGAAGAAACCCGCCAAGGAAUCGGCAUAUAGCUCGACGGAUACAGAAAUUAAUUUUCUUGUUCAGAUUGUCUCAUGGAUUUGGAGUGGCUCUAGGCAUUCUGGGAUUCUCUGCGUGUGUUCUUCUUCGAUUAUCUAUAGCAUUAUCGAAGUGUUGCUAGACAUUUUUCCAGAUAGAUCAUCUCCAGUAUAUCAGACUCUAUUUACUAGAUGUUCAAUCCUUUUCAUUGUUUCACUUCUAUGGUUGAGAAGGACUGGUCAUCCUCUUUGCAUUCCAACACAUGCAAAGACUAUACUACUGCUGAGAUCACUCACUGGGUCUGUUUCAUUGUUGAGCUUCAUCUAUAGUGUCCAAAAUCUACCUGUGUCCUAUGCAGUUAUGUUGAAUUUUGCAACCCCGAUCAUGGCAUCACUUGGAGCAAUAAUCAUCUUACGGGAGAAAUUGCCUCUUCCUUACAUUGGAGGUUUAGUUUGCAGUUUUCUUGGUCUAUUCUUGAUUUUUCAACCUGUGCUUCUUAUGGGAGGUGACAGUGUCACCAAUGGAGAAAAGCAUGCCUUGUUUGCUAUUUUAAUUGGUAUAUUUUCAACAAUUCUGGGUGGAGUUAGCUACUGUCUUGUACGUGCUGGUGCAAAGGCAACGGAUCAACCCAUGUACACAGUUCUUUCAUUUGCAAUACUUGCUCUUCCUCUCUCAGCCAUACUCAUUUUGGUAAAUCAGGAAUUUGUUGUACCCGACCUAUUCACUUUUCUCCUGGCAAUCACGCUUGGUGUCUUGGCAUUUCUUGCAGAGGUGCUUCUAGCUCGUGGACUUCACCUAGACAAAAUAGCUAAAACUACAAACGUUCUUUACUUAAAGGUGCUUUUAUCGCAAAUGUGGAGCCUGAUUUUCAAGGGGGCCUCUCCAACUUUAAACAAACUCAUUGGAUGUUUGCUCAUUUUGGCUUCCAUCUGCGGCACUUCCUAUAUUGCUCUGGAAAAGGAAAAUGAUUGAUUCAGGUUGCAUCAGUUGGAAACACCACUUAUUCAUCCAUUCUUUCAAUAAUGUAGUGUUUGAAAUUUGUAAUUGCCUUCUUGAAUUCGAAGGAAGUCGAAGAGUGAUUCCUAUGCUUACA